AUGAGUUAUUAAAAUGGUUAUCACCCAAAGGGAAAAAAUCUGCUCUCUGGAGAUUUGACAAAAACUGCUUUAAGAACAAAAGACUUAAAAAAGAAGUGCUAGAUGAAAUCUUAGAUAUAAAAAAUGUGGAAGAUUGGGACUUUCACAAAGUUCAAAUACAGUCUAUAAUUAGAGCCUUCAGAAAACCUAGAGUGACAGAGAACAAAAUUGCAAAACUAAAUAAAAACAUUACUCAACUAAAAGAAAGAUUAGCACACAACUCAGAAAACAACCACCUACUCUCACAAAUCGACACUCUAAACUCAGACCUUCAAGAAGAGUUAGCCCA